UGUAUAUUUUAAGCCAAUAUUGAAGCUCGAUCGGAACACGUUAUUGUUAUCGAUAAGAAAGCUCCUCCGGUGGCCGCAGCAGCAAUUGUGGCACUUCUAAGAAAAAAAGUUUCCGCGCAAGACUUCGUCGGCCAAUUCUGAACGUUUUACCAAUUUUUCUUCUUUCUCCUUUUUUUGAUAUUUUCUCUCGUCUUUGAGUUAUACAUUACUCAAGGCUGCAGAGUUACAUCAUGAGCGACCAACAGCCUCCUGUUCAACCCCAGCAUUCCCUGGAGGCUACUAAUGAGGGCCCUCCUGUGAAGCGAACUUGCAUGAAUGAUACGCCACCCAUUGCGUUAACGCCCGCAGACGAUGGAAGCGAUUUUUAUAGCACGCCAUGGGUCGUGCGCACUCCUGUAGAAAGCAGUGAGAAUAUGGAGGGUGCUACUCAGGCUCAAACCAGCGCACCAACAGCGACAUCUCAUUCAUCCACACUGAUCCCCGGAUUAAAUCUCGUCAAUGAUAGUCUGAAAGGUCUGCAGUCGGCGAAAAGCGAACCAAACCCGUCGCCGAACACUACCGCCGGGGAAGAAAUGCGUGCGGAUACGCAGAACCAUAUGAAUGUUGUACCAACUGAGCCCCAGAAACAAGAGCCUACCUUGGAAAGCACCAAAAAGGUCGAGGCGGAACAAAAUCCCGAACCACGAACCCAGGCAGAAGCUACGAGUCAGAGCCAGACGGAAAACGUCCAGAUUAACGGGACCGCAAACGGAUCAGAUAAUGCGCCUACCACAGACGCUAUGGAUCAUGACCAAGCCGAAGAGGAUGAGGAGGAGCACCCCGAAUGGGAGAUUGACUCUUCCCCCUAUGAAUCAUCUUCUGAUGAUUCUUCUACCGAUUCUUCCGACGACAGCGACGAUGACGAAGACUACCCAAUCCUCAGCCCCGAAGAACAAGCGCGCAUUUUGAUGCAGGCGGAACUUGGUUCCGACGACGAGGGGGAAGGAAAAGGCAAAUCGGGUGGUCAUAUUAGAACGGCGAAUGAAAUCCAGGAGGAAGCGCCCGAUAUCCCGGAUAUCAUUGUGACUCCCGAAAUGAAGAUUGUCCAUCUGGGACAUGUAGAGGCGAUUGUCGAGAAUAACGUCCUAAUUGCGGCGAACACUUCCGGAGAGUACCAGGUGCUUGAAUCAGGCUCAUUACUGUGCCUUGAAGAUAGGAAUGUCGUCGGUGUGGUUGCUGAGACUUUGGGAAGGGUGGAGAAUCCACUGUAUACUAUCCGUUAUCCCAGCGCUAUGGCUGUAGAGGAACGGGGCCUUUCUCAAGGAAAGAACGUAUACUACGUUGAGCAACACUCCACUUUCGUGUUUACUCAGCCUCUCAAGGGAAUUAAAGGUAGCGAUGCUUCGAACUUCCACGACGAAGAAAUUGGCGAGGAUGAGGUCGAGUUUUCCGACGAUGAAGCAGAGGCUGAGUACAAGCGGAAACUGAAGCAGAAGCGACAGGAGAGAAAGGAAGCCAGGAACGAGGGUGGUGGCCCGGCAAGGGCUAAAAAGGGCCAUCCAGGUCCUUCGAAGCUCAGUCAGACGGAACUAAACUACGAUGAUAACGCAGGUGAAGAUGGGUACACUCCUCUUGCUCGCCCGAAGAACCUGCAUGAGAUGAUGGGCCGGCAAGAGGCUCCUCUUGAGAACGAUGGACCCCCGGCUAGAGGUGGUUUCCGUGGUGGUAGAAGUCGAGGCCGGGUUUCUGAUCGCGGCCGCGGAGGCCGUGGUCGCGGCGGAUCCAGAGAUACUCAGCAUUAUGAUCGCCAGCCAUACCAGCGGCCAGGAUCGGACGCGCAGCCUCAACAUACCAGCUAUAGUCAACAGCAAGCGUACCAGUCAAACCAAUCCAAUACUUAUGGGAUGCCACAGCCAUAUCCUUCAUACCCAUCUUUCCCGCAGCAGCCGCAGCAACAACCGCAACAACAGUUCGCUCAAGGUGCUGUACCUCCGGCGUUCAAUACUCAGAUGCCAUUCCAACAGGCCCAUCCUCAACAGAACUCUUUACAAUCCUACCCUAUCAACCCGGCGUUCUUAGCUGCUCUGCAACAGCAAAUGCAGCAGCAGCAGUAUCAACAGCAGACGCCGGGGCAACAAUUCCAUCAUCUCCACCCGGCGUUCCUAGCUACUCUGCAACAGCAAAUGCACCAGCAGCACCAGCAACAGCAGACGCCUGGACAACAACAACAACCUGCGCAAGCCGCAACGAUGAAUUUUGACCAGGUUAAAGCGCAACUAGACCUAUUGCGGCAAUUGAGCAAUGGCAAUCAAGGACCGCCUCACCCAUGAGCCCUUGAUACCAUGUUGUUAUAUUUAGGGUUUCCUUGCUUUUCUGGGUUUGGGUAAAACUGAUACAUAGGGAUACAUAGGAUUUCAUUAUUGGGGAGUUAGGCAUCUAUCCUGUUUUGGCUCAAAAAUUUGUACGUUGUAUCACUUUGUUAUUUCAAGCACAAG